AUGAAUCACAAUUCAAAGAACCAAUUCAAGAUGGGUUCAUCAAUUCAAAUUAGCUCACAUGACAGAAAACCCUCGAAGAAAUUCACGACUAUCAAUCAAAACAAUCGAACUGGAAGUAGCACCACCACAUUACUGAAUAGUUUUCAAGAUCAACUUAAUAUUAAUAAUGCGAAUGGAAAUCAUCAUUUACGCCCGAAUCCAAUGUCCUUAGUCCCAUCACCUUCAAGGGGAAUGAGUCAUGAACCGGAGCAUUUACAAAAACUAGAUCUCACAAAUCACGACUUUCAACUAAGAUACUUUGCCGAAUGGAUCCAACCCAAGAUCUCAGCACAUCGUCAUUCGUUCCCUAAUCAAUUAGCUAUCAACAUCCAACGUUCUCGUUUCGUGCCUACUAAUACACCCGACAAUUCAAUCACUGACCAACUUACAAGUCUUGGUACCCUGCUUCGAGAGAUUCGGAAGCUUAGGGAAGGUAUCCUUGCUAGUCAUCGGACCGAUGAGUUUGCGAUCCAAAUUUAUGAACUGAGUGCUGAACUAGCGCUAGAAUCAUGUGAUUUCCAACAACUCAACUCGCUUCUUCCUCAUCUAAUCUUUAAACUCUACAAAUCUGUCCCUCUCUCUGCUUCAAGAUCUCAGAAUACUUCUACUUCAGAUGAUCAAGACCUACAAGAUCAACAAGACCGUCGAUUGGUCUUCACUUGCGUGCUUUUACUCAUUCCGAUCUGUACAAGAUUAUCUCUAGGACAAUUCCUUCACACCUUUCAAGAGAUUCCUUUACCUCAUCAUUCGAUUUGUAAUCCGUCUACUCAUUCAACCCGAGUUGCUAAUACGAUCAAGAUCUAUACCUCACUCAACCGAAAGAAUUGGGUCCAAUUCAAUCGAAUCACCACACCUCUUCUAUCCAACUUAACCAACCGACUUGAAACCCAUCAAAAUAGUCAAAUAGAUUGGGAUUCAGUUUUACUCUUACACGCUCAGAAACUCGUUCGUGAACAAAUCGUUUGGAAUUCAUUAAGACUUUCUCAUUAUUCGAUUUCAGAUUUGAAUUAUUUAUUGAAAUCUUUAUCUUUUGAUACUUCUCAUCAAUUAGAAGAUUGGUUAAAACUUAAUAAUGUUUAUCGAUUUCAAAAUGGUAAAAUCAAUUUUAAAACUUGA